AACCUUUUACACUAUUUAAGGAAAGCUGUUACUAUUGCGGUUAGAUACAGCGUAGUAAGACGUCAGGGUCAAAUAAAUGCGGAACAACCAGAGGUACAGAUUCUCGAUUACGUAACGCAACAAUACAAAAUCUUCCCUCAUAUUGCCACAUGUUUCGCAAUAAAAGUUACUGCCAGUUGGGUUUGGGAUAUGUAUAAUACAGUGCAAAGUCAAUUGCACCACUGUGAUUAUGAAAAACUACCAGAGUUGCAUUCUUUGUCAUGUUGCCUAAAAGCAGUUGUAUCUGCAGAUACAGCAGCUGGAAUAGAGCAACUUCGGUUAUCUUGUGGUGGACAUGGAUACGUGACUGCCAACAAUCGGCCAGUACUCUAUGGAUUUGCGACCUCAGUCUGUACUUACGAAGGGGAAAAUACAGUUCUAUAUUUGCAAACAGCUAGGUACCUCGUAAAAUCAUGGAAACAAGCUAUGGAUGGUAAGCCACUGCCAGAAUCUGUAGAGUAUCUUAACGAAGCAGCGAAAGGAGUAAAGCAUUGUCGUUGGAAUAACGGUUUGGAAUGUCUGAUUGAUGCUUAUGACGCCGUAGCCGCAGGAUCAAUUUGUUCCGCAGCAGGAAAUUUAUAUCGUAGGAUACGUGAUGGAGUUUCGAUGAAGGAGGCCUGGAACCAAACGAGUAUCGAACUAGCUCAGUGUGCGAAAGCUCACGCUCGAGUCUUCAUUGUAAAAUCAUUUGCAAAAGCUAUUAAACAGUUAAACUCGAAGUCCGAAGAAUUUCGUCAAGUAAUGUUUCAACUCUGCGAACCGUAUAUCGUAUAUUGGGCUUUGAGAAACGUCGGUAAUAUUCUGCGGUUUUCUUCUAUGCAGAAAGAGCAUGCUCAGACACUGCAUUCACGCUUGGAAUAUUUGCUGUUGACAAUUCGUCGAAUUGCUGUAGGAAUCGUUGACGGUUUCGAUUUCGAUGACCAUAUUCUUUGUUCGGCUUUGGGUGCUUACGAUGGUAAUGUUUAUGAAUGAUUGUUUCAAGAAGCCAUGAAGAGCCCGCUGAACCGUGAAACUGUGAACAUGUCUUUUGAAAAAUACUUAAAACCAUUUCUUAAGAGUAAUUUAUAGUGUAAUUUUUUUAAAGGAAAUAUUUAAUCAUAAUUAUUAUUUCGCAUUUGUUUUGUGAUGAUUGGAUCGUUUGGGACAUGUUGCAUUUACUUGUUAUCAUAACGUAUUGUUUACUUGUUAUUAUAUAAUCGAUUGUAUUGCUUGUUGGGUAUUGAUUUAUAAGAUGGAACAACUGUAACAUAUCAUAUGAGCAAUAUCGAAGAAAGAUUUACGUGCUGACUUGUCCAUUUUACUGAGAGUUUAUAUGAAACAAGAAAGGAAGGAUCGAACGUAUUUUUGUAUCAUUUCUAUUCGCUAUCAUUCCAGGUGUGUAAAAAGAAGCAUAGCUGUAAUAAUUGUGAAUAAAUGUUGGAUAGAUAUUUUAUGUUUAUAAAAAGCUUCUUGGAAAUAUGCGGCCAUUUUAAGAUGAGAUGUCUUAAAUAUGUUAUGGGAAAUGGUAUUUUCUAUACAUUUUUUGGAAUUAAUAAAAUAAUAUUUUAAACUAGAAAAA